UUCUUGCUCUCUAAAUGCCCCGUCGUACACGGCCAGCUUCUCGACCGCCUCCUCGUCGAAACCGUCCUUCGACCACACCAUUAUCACAAUCCAAUGCAAAGCCGUCGCCCAAUCUGCAGGAUCCAACUGCGAAGAUGCAAAAGUCACUAGAGAAAACACGCAAAGCAAACGAGAUCAUACAGAAUUCUUCGGAUCCUUCGUCUGAGGAUGACUCGGAGGAGCAGGAUGCUGAUUCAGAGGAUGAACCGCAGGAGAGAAUUUCCGAGGAUGAAGCUGAGGAUGAUAUGGAAGACGCUGAUGCACCAAGAGCAGUACAAUGGGUUGACGAUGAGUGGGAGGAGGCAAUGGCUCGUCCAGGACCUUCGAAACCGAGGAAAGAAAUCCAUGAUGAUAUAUCUUCUCUAUCCAUGGGCUCCCUCCGUACUGCGCAACGUGCUCUAGUACAAGCGGAAACCAUUUCUGACUCUGAAGAAGAAAGCGAUGACGGGGAAGUAGAAUCAACGUCUAAUACCCUCGCAAGCAAGAGGAAAAACAAGGAACGAUCCGACCACGAGAGGCCUAAAGCCGCGCCACGGCCAAACAAGCAUGCUCCCAUGGAAAUGACCUCUAAGAAACCGGUAACUCGGAGACGCACCGUUGUUGAAGUGAAAACAAUCCAACCACGGGAUCCAAGAUUUUUACCUUUAUCAGGCGAAUUCUCAGAGGAGAAAUACCGCCACAAUUAUGCGUUCUUAACUAAGGCGCACAAAGACGAGUUGCAGAUCUUACGAGAAAACUUGAAGCGUGCUAGGAAGCUCUUGGUGUCAUCACCUAAGCAUCUUCGCUCCGAGAGGGAAAAUGAGGUGGAACGGCUGGAAUUAGCGGUCAAGAGAGCCGAAAGUGCCGUUAAUAAAGAUAGGCGAGAAGAGGUGGACCGAGCAGCCCUUGAUAAGCUGAAGAAGGAGGAGAAGGAGAAGCAGGGACAGGGUAAAGGAUCCUGGUGGAUGAAAGAAGCCGACAAGAAGAAACUAUUGAUGCAUGCUAGAUAUGAUGCCCUAGCCCAAAGUGGCGGAGAACGUGCAGUAAAAAAGGCGAUUGAAAAGAAACAGAAGAAAAUCGGCCAGAAAGAAAAGAAAUCUAGGCCAUUCGGUAAACGUAACGCGCUAAGCGAAGGUGCAGGAAGGCCUAACAAACGACCAAGGAUUGAGUAGAGUAGCGUGGGAAUAUCUAAACUUAGGCCACCAUGAAUUUAUUUCAUGAUACUGUUUUUUGCUU